AGCCUCCAGGUGGCGCUGCUGCUGUAACAGUAAGCUUAUUAGAGGCGAAGGAAAAGCAGCUGCCCGGUGUUUCCGGUGAAGAUUGAUGACGCGACUCCGAGUUUCAGCCGCUGUUUGGAAGAAGUAAUCCAGAGACGGAAGUGCAUCCUUCACCAGUCAGCUGACCUGCUGACUCGCUGAGUGCACUCAGUUGAGGGGUUUCCCUCAACACACUGUUGAACACACACACGGAUCCACUCAGACGUCAUCAUGGUGUUAGCCGACCUAGGGAGGAAGAUCACCUCGGCGCUGAGGUCCCUCAGCAACGCCACCAUCAUCAAUGAAGAGGUGCUGAAUGCUAUGUUGAAGGAGGUGUGUGCAGCUCUGCUGGAGGCUGAUGUCAACAUCAAACUGGUCAAACAGCUACGAGAGAACGUGAAGUCUGCCAUAGAUCUGGAGGAGAUGGCCUCAGGUCUGAACAAGAGGAGGAUGAUCCAACAUGCCGUCUUCAAAGAGCUCGUCAAGCUGGUCGACCCCGGUGUGAAGGCCUGGACCCCGACUAAAGGGAAGAACAACGUCAUCAUGUUUGUUGGUCUUCAGGGAAGUGGGAAAACCACAACCUGCUCCAAGUUGGCGUAUUACUACCAAAGGAAAGGCUGGAAGACGUGUCUGAUCUGUGCUGACACCUUCAGAGCCGGUGCCUUCGAUCAGCUCAAACAAAAUGCCACCAAAGCCAGAAUCCCCUUCUAUGGCAGUUACACAGAGAUGGACCCGGUGGUGAUCGCCUACGAGGGCGUGGACAAGUUCAAAAAUGAGAACUUUGAGAUCAUCAUCGUGGACACGAGUGGACGGCACAAACAGGAAGACUCGCUGUUUGAAGAAAUGUUACAAGUUUCCAAUGCUGUGCAACCAGACAACAUUGUGUACGUGAUGGAUGCGUCCAUCGGACAGGCCUGCGAGUCUCAGGCCAAAGCCUUCAAGGACAAAGUGGACGUGGCGUCAGUGAUCGUCACCAAACUUGACGGACACGCCAAAGGAGGAGGAGCUCUGAGCGCUGUGGCGGCCACCAGGAGUCCCAUUAUCUUCAUCGGGACAGGAGAACACAUCGACGACUUCGAGCCAUUUAAGACGCAGCCAUUCAUCAGCAAACUGCUUGGGAUGGGAGAUAUCGAAGGAUUGAUCGACAGAGUGAACGAGCUCAAACUAGACGAUAACGAGGAGCUGAUCGACAAACUCAAACACGGCCAGUUCACCCUCAGAGACAUGUAUGAGCAGUUUCAGAACAUCAUGAAGAUGGGACCCUUUGGACAGAUCAUGGGGAUGAUUCCUGGCUUCGGUACGGACUUCAUGAGUAAAGGAAAUGAACAGGAAUCAAUGUCCAGACUGAAGAAACUCAUGACCAUCAUGGACAGCAUGAAUGACCAGGAACUGGACAGUAAGGACGGGGCCAAGCUGUUCAGUAAGCAGCCAAACAGGAUCCAGAGGGUGGCCAGAGGGUCCGGUGUGGCCACCAGAGACGUCCAGGAGCUCCUCACUCAGUACACCAAGUUCGCCCAGAUGGUGAAGAAGAUGGGGGGCAUCAAAGGACUGUUUAAAGGAGGAGACAUGUCCAAGAACGUAAACCCGUCUCAGAUGGCCAAACUCAACCAGCAGAUGGCCAAAAUGAUGGACCCCCGAGUCCUGCACCACAUGGGUGGGAUGGCUGGUCUUCAGUCUAUGAUGCGUCAGUUCCAGCAGGGAGCCGCUGGAAACAUGAAAGGCAUGAUGGGAUUCAACAACAUGUGACCACCGACCAAUCACCAAUAGUCAAUGUGCUGCCUCCUGAUGGACACAGGUGGAAGGGGCAGGGCUUAAAGAGACAGGAAGUGGAGAUGGAUGAAAUAAAGGUCGUGAUUCUUCAACGAUUUGUGCUUUUAGAAAAACACCAGAAGUACAAAAAGGACUAUUUAAAGGAGCAGUUACACAUGAAAACCUUAACUCUGAUUCUUCUGAAAGCGCUGCUCCUGUAAAUGAAGGGGAGGAGCCUCGUUAAGUUAAUUCUGUAUUAUGUUUCUGUCAAAGCUUUAAGAGCAGAGUGAGUCCUGAUUGGACAAGAUGAUGAUGUUAGUUAGCGACAAUAUUUGUCAAACAAUAAACAUUUGUAUUGAAACAUU